AUGAAAAAGCAUAAUAAAAAGCGGCGCGGGCGCGUGCCGAGGCGACAUGUGCGCGCGCAGCUAACGGGCCGACACGCGCUCGCCGUUACGUGCCCCGCACCCUCUCACCCCCGCCGAACGCACCCACGCACCCCCGCAUCCUCUUCACCCUCCCACCUCGCCUUCCCGUCAUCCUACAGGUUAAACCCGCACCCUCCUCGCAAUAGCUACCCGUAUCACUAA